AUGUCACGGGGUACCAUCAUUGUGCCGUUCAUCAAUCUACGAACAAUAUUCGAGAAACUUGUGAUGGAUCGCACUGAAAAGAACCAGGUGCUUAUCCCAGAACGACUUAAGUCUCUGGAGAUAUGGCUGCAACAGACUCAUAUGAAAUUGAUCCAGGUGAACGGACAGCGGAGAUAUGGAGGACCCCCUGAUGUGUGGCACGGCGACCCCCCUGGGUCCGGAUGCGAGAUUUUUAUCAGUCAGAUUCCCAGGGAUGUCUAUGAAGACCGCCUGAUCCCACUGUUCAGCGCUGUGGGCCCGCUCUGGGAGUUCCGCCUCAUGAUGAACUUCAGCGGGCAGAACCGCGGCUUCGCCUACGCCAAGUACGGCAGCCCGGCCCUGGCGGCUGCAGCCAUCCGCUCGCUGCACGGCCAUGCCCUGGAACCGGGAGUGCGUCUGAGCGUACGGCGCAGCACAGAGAAACGGCAGCUGCUGCUGGGGGAGCUGCCCACCAACACCAGCAGAGAGCUGCUGCUGCAGGCAUUGAGGGACUUUACUGAGGGUGUCAAGUGUGUGACCCUGAAGUCGUCGCUCGGGGAGGAGGGCGUGUCUGCUGAUGUGGUCUACUCCUCUCAUCAUUUAGCUUCCAUGGCCAAAAAGGUGCUGGUGGAAGCCUUUAAGAAGCGUUUUGGCUUUUCCAUCUCUGUCAAGUGGCUGACCUCAACCAAGUCUAAGCCCAAGACCCCCCCGAGGGUUCCCAAGACCCCUCCAUCACCUUUCAAACUACCCCACCGCACCUUCAACAACAGCCCCCAUCUUCCGCUGUUGCCCCCACGGCUCAUCCGGCCCCCGUUGCCCCCGGGGUUCUCCCGGGCCGUGGGCAGCCCCGCCCACCUGGCACCUCCGCCAACCCCCCCCUCCCUCCUCCCCCGGCAGGAGCAGGGCAGAGUGGAUGCCGUGAGGCUGCUCCAGCAGCUGUGCAUGGCGUCCGGGGGCCGGCCUCCCUUGUUCGAGCUGCUCUACCAGAACACGGCUCCCGACGGCUUCCUGCGCUUCAGCUACCGGGUGUGUGUGCCGGGGCUGGGUGUCCCUUUCACGGGGAUGGUGCAGACGCUGCCCGGGCCCAGCGCCACGGCCAUGCAGGAGGAGGCUCAGCGGGCUGCUGCUGAGCAGGUCAUCAGGGCCCUCCGCAGGGUCUAA